UAUAGCUGCGUGGGUCCCACAGACUCUCUCUCACUCUCGCUUCCUGUGCUCACAAGCAGGUUCUUCCCUUCCAAGUUCAAACCAAAAUAUUCAUUCUUUCUUUGUUCUUGCUAAUUCCCCGAAAGCACAACAAUUAUUUAUUCUUUAUCUUCUCGAUUUCUGGCUAAAAAUUGUUAGGGUUUUGGGAAGUUAAGCUUAGUUUAAAUCUGUUGUAAUGUGUGUGCCAAUUGUGAUGUUAAUUUGAGCUGUUGGUUAACUCUGGGGAAUGGUUUAGAAAAGGAAAAAAGUAGCACUAGUUUUUCGUUGCCAUGGAAAAAGGGCUGCUUCUUUUGUUGUUGCUGCUGUUGUUCAUGGUGCUUUCUGCCUUUGCCAUGGAUGUGGAAUAUUCACAGUGCAAUUGUGAUGAGGAAGGGUUUUGGAGCAUCCACAACGUCCUGGUUUGCCAGAAAGUGAGCGACUUUUUCAUCGCCAUUGCAUAUUUUUCCAUUCCCCUUGAGCUCCUUUACUUUGUCAGUCGCUCCAAUGUACCCUUUAAAUUGGUCUUCCUUCAAUUCAUUGCGUUCAUAGUUCUCUGUGGAUUGACCCAUUUACUUAAUGCCUAUACUUACUACGGCCCCCACUCGUUCCGGUUGUUUCUUUCCCUCACUGUUGCUAAGUUCCUCACUGCUCUUGUCUCCUGUGCCACUGCCAUUUCCUUUCCCACCCUCAUACCUCUUCUGCUGAAAAUCAAAGUCAGGGAACUCUUCUUGAGGCAGAAUGUGUUGGAAUUGGGCCAGGAGGUUGGGAUUAUGAAGAAACAGGAGGAAGCUAGUUGGCAUGUUAGGAUGCUCACCUGUGAGAUUAGGAAGUCUCUGGAUAAGCAUACCAUCUUGUAUACCACACUUGUUGAGCUUUCCAAGGCCUUGGAUUUGCACAAUUGUGCAGUUUGGAUGCCUGAUGAUGAUAGGAAGGAAAUGCUCUUGACACAUGAGUUGAAACCAAACUCAGCAAGUAGUUUUCACAAUUCUAUUCCUAUUAGUGAUCCGGAUGUGUUGGACAUAAAGAAGAGCAAUGGCGUUUGGAUUUUGAGGCCUGAUUCGAAACUAGGAGCUGCAAGUAGUGGUGGUGGAUCUGGGGAUUCAGGUGCCGUGGCAGCCAUUCGCAUGCCCAUACUUCAUGUUUCCAAUUUCAAAGGAGGAACACCAGAGUUAGUUGAAACGGCUUAUGCCAUACUGGUUUUGGUUCUUCCAUAUUCAAACUCCAGGACUUGGACCUCCCAUGAAAUGGAGAUAGUGGAAGUGGUUGCUGAUCAGGUUGCUGUGGCCUUGUCUCACGCGUCUGUUCUUGAAGAGUCUCAGCUUAUGAGCCAGAAACUUGCAGAGCAAAACCGGGCAUUACAACAGGCUCAGAAGAAUGCAAUGAUGGCCAGGAAGGCUAGGAGUUCGUUUGAGAAAGUUAUGAGUCAUGCAAUGCGGAGGCCAAUGCAUUCAAUCCUGGGCUUGCUUUCAAUGUUUCAAGAGGAUAAUAUAAGGCCAGAACAGAAGAUUGUUAUUGACUCAAUUUUCAAAGUUAGCAAUGCCCUAUCACGAUUGAUUAACGAUGUGAUGGAGAUCUCUGCAAAUGACAAUGGGACCUUCCAGUUGGAGAUGAAACCUUUCAAUCUGCAUUCAAUGAUGAGGGAAGUUUCUUGCACUACCAAGUGUUUGUGUAUAUAUAAAGGCUUUGGUCUUGAAGUUGAUGUAGACAAGUCUUUGCCUGAUCUGGUUAUUGGUGAUGAGGCAAGGUCUUUCCAAGUAAUUUUACAUAUGAUUGGCUAUUUAUUGAACAUAUAUGACAGGGGGACUCUCGUAUUUCAAGUUUAUCUUGAAAGUGAUAGUGGAGAUAAAGAUGAUAAAAAUAUUGGAAAAUGGAGAUCAAGCAUGCAAAAUGCUUAUGUACAUAUAAGAUUUAGUUUUCAUAUAAAUGGUAUCAGUUCCCAGGCAGAUGAAACAUUUUCAACAACAAAUUGUAAUGUUAAAGGGCACUUCAACAAUGAAUCUAAGGAAGUCCUCAGCUUCAGCAUGUGCAAAACACUGGUGCAGAUGAUGCAAGGUAAUAUUUGGAUAUCAACUAACACUAUGGGUUUGACACAAGGAAUGACGCUUCUGCUCAAGUUUCAGUCAGGAUCAUCACAUGGAAGAUUCAUUCUUGCUCCUAAAGAUUUCUCAAACUCCCAGUUUAAAGGGCUUAAGAUUGUGUUAGCUGAUGAUGAUGAUGUAAACAGGACCGUGACCAAGAAGCUUCUUGAGAAACUGGGGUGUCAAGUAACUGCUGUUUCAUCAGGAUUUGAAUGUCUUGGUGCUAUCAGUGCCUCUGGUAACUUGUUCAAAAUUAUUCUGUUAGAUCUUCACAUGCCUGAAAUGGAUGGUUUUGAAGUUGCAAAAAGGAUUAGGAAAUUACAAAGCCAUAAUUGGCCCUUGAUCAUAGCUUUUACUGCUAGUGCAGAAGAGCACAUCAAGGAGAGAUGCCUACAGGUGGGAAUGAAUGGAUUCAUUCGAAAACCUAUCCUCCUCCAUGAGAUUGCAGAUGAACUUAGAGCUGUCCUACAACGUACAGGUGAAAAUUUGUGAAAACAAUCCUAAAUGCAUCAACUUUUUAGGUUCCUCAAAAUUCAUGACUUUUGACAUGAACCUGGAGUUCUUAAACUAAAUAUAGUAGAUACUACAUCCAUUUUACUAACCAUUUUACUGAUUAAUCUUUAUUCCCAAAAAUGAAUUAUGGCUUUCAAACAAUGUGUAUAGAACUGCUACCCAUCAUCAGAAAGGACGAUGCAAAACCCUGAAAGUGCCUAUGGUUUUAUGCAUUUGUUUAUGAAAAGAUGGAAGAAUGUGACAUAUUAGUGCUUUUCUG